GUGAGCUCAGCUCCCCCACCCGACAGAAGGCAGAGGCUGAGUGAGAGCAGCUGCCCCAGCCAUCAUUCCCUGGGCUCUGCUGUCAGAGUCAGGCUGGGCCUUUUUGUCCCCGUGUUUCCUGUGAGAGUGGGCACCUGUGGUGCCAGGUCAGCCGCAACCUCAUUCCCUGUGAAUAUUAUGGAAUGUCUCAAAGGGCAGGUGCAGCAAACACUGGGGAGCGAAGCCUGGGACAAUCCUGCCUAUAGCAGCCCCCCUUCCCCAAAUGGGACCCUGAGGAUCUGCACUGUCUCCAGUGGGGCACUCGCCCAGCCUCAACCCAAGAAGCCUGGAGACAGAGGCCAGCAGAAGACACGGAGAACACUGAUGUCCAGCUGCUGCUUCCACAUCUGCCACAGCAUCAGAGGACUCUGGGGAACAACCCUGACUGAAAAUACAGCUGAGAACAGAGAACUUUAUGUCAAGACUACCUUGAGGGAGCUUGUAGUGUACAUCGUGUUCCUCGUGGAUAUCUGUCUGUUGACCUACGGAAUGACAAGCUCUAGUGCCUAUUACUACACCAAAGUGAUGUCCGAGCUGUUUCUACACACCCCAUCAACCUCUGGGGUUUCCUUCCAGACCAUCAGCAGCAUGGCAGAUUUCUGGGACUUUGCUCAGGGCCCCCUCCUGGACAGUUUGUACUGGACGAAGUGGUACAACAAUCAGAGCCUGGGUGGUGGCUCCCACUCCUUCAUUUACUAUGAGAACUUGCUGCUGGGGGUCCCGAGGUUGCGGCAGCUGCGAGUGCGCAACGAUUCCUGUGCGGUUCACGAGGACUUCCGGGAGGACAUUUUGAACUGCUACGAUGUCUACACUCCAGACAAGGAAGAUCUACUCCCUUUUGGGCCUUUCAAUGGGACAGCGUGGACUUACCAUUCACAGGAUGAGCUGGGGGGCUCCUCCCACUGGGGCAGGCUUACAAGCUACAGUGGAGGUGGCUACUAUUUGGACCUUCCAGGAUCCCGACAAGCCAGUGCAGAGGCCCUGCAAGGCCUUCGGGAGGGACUGUGGUUAGACAGGGGCACUCGGGUGGUCUUCAUCGACUUCUCAGUCUACAAUGCCAACAUCAAUCUUUUCUGUGUUCUGAGACUGGUGGUAGAGUUCCCAGCCACAGGAGGGACCAUCCCGUCCUGGCAAAUCCGCACAGUUAAGCUGAUCCGCUAUGUGAAUAACUGGGACUUCUUCAUCGCGGGUUGUGAGGUCAUCUUCUGUGUCUUCAUCUUCUACUACGUGGUGGAGGAAAUCCUGGAAAUCCACCUGCACAGGCUUCACUACCUCAGCAGCAUCUGGAACAUUCUGGACCUGGUGAUCAUCUUGCUCUCCGUAGUGGCCGUGGGUUUCCACAUCUUCCGAACCCUGGAAGUAAACCGACUGUUGGGAAAGCUCCUGCAGCAGCCAGACACUUACGCAGACUUUGAGUUCCUGGCCUUCUGGCAGACACAGUACAACAAUAUGAACGCUGUCAACCUUUUCUUUGCCUGGAUCAAGAUAUUCAAGUACAUCAGCUUCAACAAAACCAUGACCCAGCUCUCAUCCACACUGGCUCGCUGUGCCAAGGACAUCUUGGGCUUUGCUGUCAUGUUCUUCAUCGUCUUCUUCGCCUAUGCCCAGCUUGGUUACCUGAUUUUUGGGACCCAAGUGGAGAAUUUUAGCACUUUCGUCAAGUGCAUAUUCACCCAGUUCCGGAUAAUCCUUGGGGAUUUUGACUACAAUGCCAUCAACAAUGCCAACCGAAUUCUGGGCCCUGUGUACUUCGUCACCUACGUCUUCUUUGUCUACUUCGUGCUCCUGAAUAUGUUCCUGGCCAUCAUCAAUGACACAUACUCGGAGGUCAAGGAGGAGCUGGCUGGCCAGAAGGAUGAGUUACAGCUUUCUGACCUCCUGAAACAGAGCUGCAAGAAGGCCCUACUAAGGCUGCACCUGAGGAAGGAACGGGUUUCGGAUGUGCAGAAGGUUCUGGAGGGUGGGGAAUCGGUGAUCCAGCUGGAAGAUUUCACCAACACCUUAAGGGAACUGGGACAUGCAGAACAUGAGAUAUCUGAGCUCAAGGCUGCCUUCACCAGAUUUGAUCAGGAUGGGAAUCACGUUCUGGAUGAGAAGGAGCAGGCACAGAUGCGACAAGAUCUGGAAGAGGAGAGGGUGGCCCUUAGUGCUGAAAUUGAGAACCUUGGCCAGUCCAUUGGACAUAGCCUACCAGGUGAAUCGGGCACAGAAGCUGCCAGAGGAGGAGGCUGGGUUUCUGAAGAAGAAUUCUACACGCUCACAAAGAGAGUUCUGCAGCUGGAGAGUAUUCUGGAAGGAAUCGUGCCCCAGGUUGAUGCUGUAGGCUCGAAGUUGAAGAUGCUGGAGAGCAAAGGGGACCUGGCUCCCUCCCCAGGAAUGGAGUCGCUAGCUGUUUGGAAAAACCUGUAACCAGUUCUAGUUGUCACUCCAGCCCUCUUGGGAGUCCAGGGUGGGCAGGAGAAUGGAAAAGGGAUUCUAAAACAUCAGACAGCAAGUUCUUCUCUCUAUGCCUUCCCAGAAGCCGCUUCUCCUAUGCCCUCCUCCCCUUCUAGGACAUCUAGGACAUGACAGCUGCUGUGGAGUUCUACCCUGUAGCUGGCCUUUUGAGCCAAUGUUUUUGUGUGUAGCUGGGUAGCAUGUUUAGGCUUGUCCUUUGGUGUUUCUAUAUGUAGUCACACAGCUCUGUAAAACAGCAUUUCCUAUUUGGCUUCUCACUUGCUGUGCAUUUACUUCUGCUGUAGUUAUUAGAAUCAAUAACAAACAAGAAAAAGGAAAAGAUGACAAUGACUCUCCUAAAGAACUCAGACAACCAAAGGUAGAAGCCCAAGUGUAGGCAAUGGAUAUGUCUUCUUACUUCACAGUAAAUCUAACUCUUCUGCGUGUGUCUAGAGAUCUGCCAUUGGCAUGCAUGGGUGUGUGCAGAGGUCUUCUCUUCCCCCAUAGAGUUUCACUGUAAGAGAGAAAAGGAAGUCCUGGAGGAAAGUAGACUCUUGUGUGGUGAGAUUCCAACAGAGGAGUUAAGAGUGACACCCUGAACCCACACUCUGAUUCUGAUGCUCCACUGAAUACCUGGAACCAAGAGGACUUCAAACUUGGAAACAGAAACAGAAACCAAAGGAAAUCAGAGAUGAUGUAAUAUCAGGAUUCACUGAUGUUUGUACUAACGUGAUGGUGUCUGACUCGAUUC